GAAAGAGUUCUCACGGUAACUAAGCCAGGUAAGCGGGGUUAAGCCCGGCAUUGCACCGUCACUGAACACGCCGAGGUCGUCCGCGACCAACACCUACCACCAUGGCCGCCGUAUUCUCGCCCCUGCGCCAGACCUACCGCUAUCUGCAACGCCAGGCGCAUGAACAGCCCGUCAUCUUCUACUCCUGCGUCCUCGGUCUUAUAGGCCCCGUCAUGCUCAUCACCGUCCCGCCCAUCCGCGAGGCGUUUGGCUACAAGAACACGCCACUCAUUCCCACCACCUAUCCUCUCCCGCAGCGACCGAGGAGACCCGUGCAGGGCUACGAGGAUGAAUGAAAGCUGCCAGUGUGACCUUUACCUGGGGGUUGUGUGCGUUGCGGACUAGACACAGUGUCGAAUCAGAGACAUACCAAGAACCAGGCUUGUGUGCUGGGGUUGUUGACGUCAGGUUUACUGCUAGAUGUCCGCUUUCGGUGAUUUCAACAUGCCCUGCACAACUCGAGUCCUCCCUCGGACGAAAUCGGACAAACACCGCGAAUACAGUCAAGACG